GAAACCAGCAGGAGUGUGAGGAGACCUGAAAGUGGCACAUGGCAGAGUGGAGCAAUGGGAGGCGGUACAGGGACCCAUGACACACUGUGGACCCAGCAGCAGCGUGACGAGGCGGUUCGGGGGCCCAUGGCAGAUUUGGGGCCUGGCAGCACCUAUGGGAGGCCUGUAAUCUGCCAGCAACCUAUGACAAAAUGGAAACCAGCAGGAGUGUGAGGAGACCUGAAAGUGGCACAUGGCAGAGUGUGGCGAUGGAGGACAGCAGCAAUGGGAGGCGUACAGGGACCCAUGAGACACUGUGGACCUGGCAGCAGCAUGA